GAGAACGGAAGAGCCUUCGGGCCGGGGGCGGUUCGGGUCCCCCAGGGGUCUCGCCUCACUUCCGGGGGCGGACCGGAAGUCGCUUUGUUUGGCUUCAAGAUGGCGGCGGGAAUGUAUUUGGAGCAUUACCUGGACAGUAUUGAGAAUCUCCCUUUUGAGCUGCAGAGAAACUUCCAGCUCAUGCGAGAUCUGGACCAAAGAACAGAGGACCUGAAGGCGGAGAUCGACAAGCUGGCCACCGAGUACGUGAGCAGCGCCCGCAGCCUCGGCUCCGAGGAGAAGCUGGCACUGCUCAAGCAGAUCCAGGAGGCCUAUGGCAAGUGCAAGGAGUUCGGGGACGACAAGGUGCAGCUGGCGAUGCAGACCUAUGAGAUGGUGGACAAACACAUCCGGCGCCUGGACACGGACCUGGCCCGCUUCGAGGCCGACCUGAAGGAGAAGCAGAUCGAGUCCAGUGACUACGACAGCUCCUCCAGCAAAGGCAAAAAGAAAGGCCGGGCCCAGAAGGAGAAGAAGGCCGCUCGGGCCCGCUCCAAAGGGAAGAACUCAGACGAGGAGGCCCCCAAGGCUGCCCAGAAGAAGCUGAAACUUGUGCGCACGAGCCCCGAGUACGGCAUGCCCUCGGUGACCUUUGGCAGCGUCCAUCCUUCUGACGUGCUGGACAUGCCCGUGGACCCCAAUGAGCCCACCUACUGCCUCUGCCACCAGGUCUCCUACGGGGAGAUGAUUGGCUGCGACAAUCCCGACUGCUCCAUCGAGUGGUUCCACUUUGCCUGUGUGGGGCUGACGACGAAGCCACGGGGAAAAUGGUUCUGCCCUCGCUGCUCCCAGGAACGGAAGAAGAAAUAAAGCGGAAACCCCGUCACCCCUAGCUCCGAGCGCCGCUGGCCCCGGCCCGGCCCCGGCGUCCGGGGUCUUCAGGCUGGGACCGAGGGGCUUGGGGGUGGGGGGCGCCGGGGCGGGGUGUCACCACGCCCCCUCCCCACCCCACCCCGACUCCUGGUGCUGCGGCCGCCUCCGGACCCGUCGGCCGCUAACGGUUCGGGGCCUUUCCUUCCCGCGUCCCGGGAGGGCAGAGCUCCCUGCCUCCUCUCUGCCUCCGUGCUGAAGUUGGUGCUGUAUCUCGGGGGACCCCCCUCCCCCUCCCCGCCCCCCACUCACUGAGGGGGCCGGAGGGGCGGCACGGGCCCCUCUUAAAGGGAGGGCUCGGGUGAGACCCCCCCCGUCUCUCCCAGGCCCUUUCCUGGGGGGGCUUCUCUGGGGUGGAGCCCGCCCCCCCUCGAGCUUUGGGGUCUCAGCCCCCCCAGGGAAUGGGGGGUGGGAAUAAAGCUGUGGAACCUGCUC